CACUGAAGAGCCAAUCAUCGGCGUUUAGGGCUGUACUGGUUUCUUGUUCUGCGUGAAUGGCGAGAUAUAGUGGGGUUUCGGAGUUGUCGGUUCUAAUUGUUACCGUUUUGGGUAAUUGACAUGUCCGACUUCAAAUCCGACGCUGCGCCAAGACGCCCAACAGUCGAUAUUCGUCAAGAUGAUGCUUUGAUAAGAGGUUCUUUGAGUCUUGAAAACCUCAAACCGGAAGCUGAUCAACGCCGGGGACGGCUAUAAGAAGAGUGCCUGCAUCCGGCCGGGGACUCAUUCCACAUUCCAACCCAAACAUCUAUCACCAACACAUCGUUAAAAUGGGCGACCAAGCUAUUCCCGAGUUCUCAACCUCACUCGUACUGACCGCUUUCAACGAGCCUCUCAAGCUCGAGAAGACUCCGCUUCCCAAAACAGUCCCUCCUGGCUCAGUCUUUGUUCGUGUACUCAGCACUCCCGUACGCCCUCACCAACGCGAGGGUUUCAGAGGCAACAGUCCUCUUUCCUUCAAGCCCCCAUAUAACCCCGGAGACGGUGGUGUUGGGCGCAUCGUAUCCGUAGGGCCUGAUGCUGUCGCUCUCAAACCUGGUCAGCUUGUCUACAUGAACAACUUCAUCACGGCAAGAGAUGAUCCUAACACCCGAGUCCUGCUCGGUAUUCAUGAUGGUGGUGGCCCUGAAGCUGACUUGAAGCUGUUCAACCUCUGGAAGGGCUUCUGGAGAGAUGUCGCUGUUGUUGCCACGGAGAAUAUCAUUCCUCUGAAUGAAAAGAUUCUCAUCAAUGAGAUGGGUUACUCCUGUGGAGACCUGAGCUACAUCCAGCGCCUCUCGGUCGCAUACGGCGGUAUCAGAGCCGCCAAUCUCCAAGCUGGCGAGACUGUUAUCGUUGCUCCAGCUACAGGUCACUUUUCGGGUGCUGUAGUUGAGUUGGCUGCCCAGAUCGGCUGUCGUGUGAUUGCACUUUCGCGCUCAGCAUCUAAACUGAAACCUCUCACUUCUCGUUACCAUCGUGUUACUGCUGUUGAGCUCACUGGCGAUGAGAAGAAGGAUGCCGAGGCCAUUGGCGCACUUGUACCCGGAGGCGCUGAUGCUUACAUCGACGUUUCUCCGCCUGCAGCGACAGCUUCACAUCAUCACCUCAACAUCUCCAUCAACUCGCUUACGUCUUUCGGCCGUGUCGUCUUUCUAGGAAUGAUGUUCGAUAUUAAGAUCAACUAUGCUAGCCUCAUGGUUCGCAACAUCACGAUCAAAGCGCAGUUCAUGUAUACGCGCCAGGAGUUGGUAUCUUUGGUCAAGAUGAUUGAAACGGGAGUUAUCAAACUGGGCAAGGAAGCUGGGCAUGAGAUUGUAGAGAAGGGCUUCUCUAUGGAAGAAUGGGAAAAUGCGGUCACCGUUGCAGAGACGGCUUCGGCUUGGGGCCAGCAGGUCUUGCUCUACCCCUAGACGAAAGCCAUUUCGGGCUCG